AAGGAGAGAGUAAUACGAUAACGUUAUUAGCCCCACCAUAGCCAGCCAUAGGGUGUCUGACUUUUCUAUAUAUACACCUUUCAUAAUCCACAAGAUGCAGAUUAAGUAGUGCACAUUAAGAUUCUUUUCUACACACAAGUGCAUGAUGAUGAAGAGCCACACAUUCCUAAGGGUCAUUUUUCUUUUGAUGUUUCUUGGGUGGCUAACUGUUUGGAUCUUGUUGCCUACAAAGAUCUACAAAAACACAUGGACUCCCAAACUUAAAAACAGCCUAAAUUCUACAUACUUCAGAGAGCAAGGGGUAAAUCUACUGCUUUUCACAUUCCCUAUGAUGUUCAUUGGAGCUUUGAGUUGUAUUUAUCUCCAUCUUCACAGGGAAAAAAUAACACAAAAGUUACCCUCCACAAGUGGCGCUCUAAAAAGAUGUUUAUGUUACCUAAGACGACCAUUCUUGGUGAUGUCUCCAAUUGGAAUUGUUACAUCUAUGGAGCUUAUUUUUGCAUUCAUGUUUGUUGCACUUUUGAUAUGGUCCCUUUCCAAUUACUUGCAUAUUAGUUUUGGUAGUCUUCAUAUGCACAAACAAGGCGAGAAAGUAUGGGAAGCAAAGUUGAGGAGUGUAUCUUUAAGACUUGGGUACAUAGGAAACAUAUGUUGGGCAUUUCUGUUCUUUCCAGUGACAAGAGGGUCUUCUAUUCUGCCUCUUGUUGGUCUGACAUCUGAAUCAAGCAUCAAAUACCAUAUUUGGCUUGGACAUUUAUCUAUGGUUCUUUUUGGUGCACAUACCAUAGGUUUCAUCAUCUAUUGGGCCAUCACCAACCAAAUGGUUGAGAUGUUAGAGUGGAGCAAGACAUAUGUAUCAAAUGUAGGUGGAGAGAUUGCAAGUUUAAUAGCAUUAGCAAUGUGGAUAACAAGCAUUCCACGCAUAAGACGUAAGAUGUAUGAAGUAUUCUUCUACACUCACCAUCUCUACAUUCUCUAUAUCUUAUUCUAUGCCAUCCAUGUUGGUGUUGGAUACAUGUGCAUGAUUGCUCCUGGGAUUUUCCUAUUCCUCGUUGAUAGACAUCUUAGAUUCUUACAAUCUCGACAAAAUGCUCGUUUACUAUCAGCUCGUCUUUUACCUUGUGAUGCACUUGAGCUCACCUUCUCCAAGAAUCCUAGUUUAUACUAUAACCCCACAAGCUUGGUGUUCAUAAAUGUUCCAAAGGUUUCCAAGCUGCAAUGGCACCCUUUUACAGUUUCUUCUAGUAGUAAUAUGGAGACUAAUUCUCUUAGUGUUAUCAUAAAAAAUUUGGGUAGCUGGUCAAACAAGCUUUAUCAGGAACUUUCUUCAACAACUUUGGAUCAUCUUAGUGUUUCGGUUGAAGGACCCUAUGGACCACAUACUUCACAAUUUCUAAGGCAUGAACAGAUUGUGAUGAUAAGUGGUGGAAGUGGCAUAACUCCUUUCAUAUCAAUAAUCAGAGAUCUCAUAUUUCAAAGCCAACAACAAGAAUUUCAACCUCCAAAACUCCUACUUGUUUGUAUUUUUAAAAACUAUGUUGAUCUAACAAUGUUAGAUCUUAUACUUCCAUCUUCUGGUUCAACAACUCAAAUCUCACAGCUCCAGUUACAAAUUGAAGCUUACAUUACAAGAGAAAAAGAAGAACCACCAAGAGAUACUCAAAAACAUAUUCAAACAAUAUGGUUUAAACCAAACCUCUUAGACUCUCCUAUCUCAGCUAUAUUAGGCCCAAAUAACUGGUUAUGGCUCAGUGCUAUAAUCACAUCAUCUUUCAUCAUGUUUCUCCUCAUUUUAGGGAUCGUUACUCGUUACUAUAUCUAUCCAAUUGAAAGUAACUCAGGUGAAGUUUAUAAUUGGACAUUCAAGGUUAUGUGGUUCAUGUUUCUACUUUGUGCAUGUAUAUGUUUAUGUUCUAGUGCAAUUUUUCUUUGGUGGAAGAGACAAAACAACACCUUAGAAAAUAAGCAAAUAAUGAAUGUAGAAGUUUCAACACCAACAAGAUCACCAGGGUCAUGGAUUUAUGGAUCAGAAAGAGAACUUGAAAGUCUUCCUCAUCAAUCUUUAGUGCAAGCUACCAAUGUACAUUUUGGUGCAAGACCUGAUCUCAAGAAAAUUCUGUUUGAGUGUGAAGGCAAAGAUGUUGGAGUUAUGGUUUGUGGUCCAAGAAAAUUGAGACAUGAAGUUGCUAGAAUUUGUGCUUCUGGUUUGGCUGAUAAUCUUCACUUUGAAUCCAUCAGCUUUAAUUGGUGAUCUAUAAUAUAAUUUAGCAUCAAUGUACAAGUUGUGUGUAUAUAUAUAUGCCGUUUACCAUCUCUCUGAAGUUUUCAUGUUGAUUCUGCAAUUUGAAGAAGUGUAUGUAAGCACAUGUGUGCAUGUAAAAUAUUAAUUAAUGUCUUUUCUCACCUAUGUUCUGCAUAUAUUAUUGAGUGGAAAUCUCCAAAAAUUGCACUUAA